AUGCCGUCGUCGAACGCGCCCUCUGGGGGGUUUUCACUAUUCCCCAAUACCAACGCGACGAAAACACCUCCCAAGAAGACGAAUACGAGACCUCGCAUUACUACUCCUCAAUCUUUGGAGCUGGACCACGGCGUAUCCUUUGAGAUGACGCCUCCACGGAAUGGCAGGCAGACUCCAGAUGAUAUGGCACAGUUCGUCAUUGAUGGAUCACCACAGACAGCAGCUGGGCCUUCUCAUCGGCCUGAAGAGUUCCAUGAAGGAGCCUUCGUCUCGCAACCUGUUCCACUGGCAGAUGCACCGCCCCGGACCGACACGGCGUUUUCGGGAGCAAGCACUCUUGUACGCAGCAACAGCAACCGAUCCAGGAGUUCCAUCGCCAAAAGACCUCUUGACGAGGCCCCAUCCUCCUUGCCAGCGGCCGAGGCGGGAGUGCGCUCCAUGUUUCCUCAGUACGACCAUAAUCUACCUUUCGAUCGCCAAGAUUACUUCCCGACUCAGACCAGUCCGCGGCACAUUCCGAGAACGGUUAUCAGUAGACAAUCACAUGUUCCGCAGGAGUCCGACAACCGCAGUCCGCCGGUGCGAAGUCCCGUAAGAAGUCCACUCAGUGCCGGCUCUGCUCAACGAUGGCCAAGACGACACCACGAACCGCCCGUGAUUCCACCAGUGAGCACGACUGAAGAGCUCCGCAAUUACUGGAAGGCAGCAAACGGGUGGAAGGCCUCUUCGUCAGAGGGACGGACCUUUUGUAUGAAGUUGGUCCCCGAGAAGGAUACCCCAAUAUACAACCUCACGUCCACUGCGCAAACAUUUUACCACCUUCGCUUCAACCCCACCUCCGCCUCUGCCUACGUAACGUUAAGCCGCCAUGAUCCAAGUAAACCCUACAAAGAAAGGGAUCCAGCCGCAGACGCUGCCAAAUCCCCAGGUGGCAUUCUCGCCGCUCUGCGGGAAGCGGAAAAGAACAAGUCAUGGCAGGAAUCCAUCAGUACCACGUUAGAAGAACCGUCACGACGCCUGCCGCCCAACGACGGCCUGGUAGCCCUGUUGUAUCCCUGCGCCGCGACGAAGAUGGCCCUCGAAAGGCCCGACGACAUGCAGGCCGUCAUGACUGCCGAACGUGAAUGCGCCCGCCUCGUCUGGGACGAAGACAGCCAGAACUACUUCCUUGUGCACCCGGCCCUCGCCACACCCUUCUGCAUCACGGUGGAGCGAAACCACGGCUGGAGCCGGACGGAAUACACGCUCGAGCACAUCGAGUCACCGCAGCACCUGGCCAAGCUGACGCGCGACGGCACGGGCGAGGGCUGGAUGGAGCUGGACACCCUCAUCGCCGGCCGCAUCGAGAGCCACUACAUCCUUGACGUGGCCGUGUGCGCCCUCCUCAUCGUCGCAAACGCCGACGAGAAGAACAGCCUCGUUGAGCAGUUCGAGCCCCCUCCCGUGCUGGCCCCGCAGCCGGCGCAUCUGCGCAGCGGCAGUAGGAGCCGGAGUAGUAGUCGUAUCAGCAAUAUCAGCAACAUAAUCAGCGGCGGCGACAAGAAGAAGGGCAAGAAGAACAGGAAGCACCGCAAGCUUGAGGAGCUUGAGAUGGACCUCGAGAGCCAGACGAGCAGCCUCGGCGGCAAACUCGACAUCAGCACCAAGGAUAAGGACAAGUUGCCGGGAACGGCGCGCACCGUCCUCAAGUUGUUGAGCUUUGCGUUUAAAUGCUUCAUUUGGGCGCUGACGCUGGUGUUCAAGGCGCUCAUGGCUGUCGUAGUGGGGCUGACCAAGUGUUUGACCUCGGAAAAGCUGUGA